GGUGGAAAUACAGCAAUGCACUCGCACUCAAGACCGACGCUGCUGGUGCCCACCUCAUGAAUUCUGUAGUACGAUGGUCUUCGGUACAUGCGUCCGGUGUAAACCAUACCAACAAUGCCCCAAAGGCUACGGAGUUGCAAAACCAGGCACAGAAAAGAGUAAUGUGGAGUGUUCACCCUGCGAACCGGGCAUGUUUUCCGAUGUGGAGUCUCACAGCGCCACCUGCAGGCUCCAUAGAACGUGUGAAUUCGAGCUUCUUCCUGGAAACAGCACAAAUGAUGCUGUUUGCAAGAACGUCACCCCUGUCAUUUCUCCUCGCCCCACAGUCAAGGGCAAGGAGACCUCUCCUCCAUGGCUCUCGGUGGCCAGCUCUCCUGACGUGAAUGUGAAUUCAAUGCAGCAGACCCCUCCGGAAAACAUUGCUUACAUUAUUGGAGGUCUUACGACCGGCCUGUUCAUCAUGGUUGGAGUCAUAGUGGCUGUUAGCUGUAUCGUCUCUCGGAGAAAAGCUCUGCCCUGCAAACAACUCUUUGGUGGUGAAAAACAGCUGUUCCCAUCCAUCGGAAAUGGAUCUCACAAGUGGCCACAGGUCUCCAGUGCCGCAAAGCGGGAGGAGGAGAACCUCUUGAAGAUUUCCCCGUCAAGCAGCGGCUCCUUGGAUCACCCGCCUGUGUUGGAUAAAAGCAGUGGAAUCAGCGAUCUGGAAGAUUCCAGGACAGAAGUAGAGGGAAGUCAACAAAGAUCAUUGCCGUUGAACAGCUGUGUGUAUCACUGCAGGGCAAACUCAAAGCAAACCGGCAGUGGUGGAACACACGUGAACUUCAGCUGUGUGGUCAAUGUUUGCAGUUCGGAUCAUAGCUUGCAGCUCCUGUCACCGAACAGUUCAGCUGAUGAAGAUGCUCUGGUGGGAGAAGACAUUCCUUUGUCCAAAGAAGAAAUCCCCAUCCAAAGAGCAUCUGAGAGGCAAUCUGCUAUAGAAGUUGAAGAGGACAGCAUGGACACAUUGACUUAUGAAGAGGGGAAGCCAGUUCCUCUGAGCAUACAGGAUGUAGGGAUGAAGACCAGGUGAAGAAACAGAGCUGCCAGAAGCGCAGGGAGAAUGAUUGAGGAACUGGUUGGCUUUCUCUUAAGCAAGCUUGUAUUUUGUUACAGAUCUGUCAUGGACUUUUACACGGAUCGGAGGGGCUCUGCUGUUCAUAGCCUGACAAAAAGCUGUUGGGAGUCUUUUAAGGCUGAGACUUGUGGGUGAUUAGAUGAACAGGGAUGGUGGCAAAGAACCUGUGUAGUUUUGCAUUGUAUAGGAGAGAGAAUUUUGGAAAGGGUUGUGUGGAUAUGGGAUGGAGGGGAUUUGCCAAGAAGCCCAGUCCUGUCAAUCCUACCUGCAGGACCCCAUCGAAGGUCCAACUAGUCCAGGCAUCCUGGUUUGGCAGCUCAAGCACUCCCCCACUGCUUAUUCACCACCUCUGAUAUUCAGAGAUGAACUACCUCUAAGUGUGGAGGCUUCAUUUAGUUAUCUAGGAUAACAGCCAUUUAUAGAGGAACUCAACAUAAGCACAGCCCCACUAGAUCUGACCAAAAGUGCAUCUAAUUCAGCACCUUCCCCCCCCCCCCCAAGCAGGUGUCCCUGGAAAGCCCAAAACUAGGGCAUGAAGAACAAUUUGCUUCCUUGGAACUGUGUUUCAACAGCACACAUUGCUGCUCUCCUUGGCAUCAGGUCACCUCAAAGGUUACGGGUUGGAUCCAGGCCUCUGUUUUACUUCAUCUCGUCUAAUACCACUCCUCAAUACAGUAGCUGUUCCGGACACAAGCUAGUCCCAUGAUCUACAACCUAGCCUUUUCCUGGUGUUUAAAGGAGACUCCCAUUUCCUUUUUCACGAGCAGUAAAAGCUGAUUGGUGUCAAACCUCUGUGAGGAACUUUGAAGAAGUUUGCUUUGCUUUUUGGACAUGCUCUUGCUUCUUUACCAAGAUGUGAAAGCCCUUUCUCGCUGUGGUUUUGAGUGACUUUGAACAACUUGUUCCUGCUGACGGCUGCCAUGAAGCAAGAAUCUAAUUUUGCCUGCCCCCCACCACAGUAUGGGUUCUACCUCAGAAUCCUGCUAGUGACUGGUAAGGUGUCUGAAGCUUGCAGACUAAUCAGAUUGCUUGUAGCUUAAAGUCAGGAUCAAAUCUGUACUGCCAAGUCUACUGCUGUAUAAUUAUGUGCAAAUAAAACAUGUCAAAUUUCUA